AUGGCUACUAGUUUACUUCUACAGUGUCUGCUUGGUAUGCAAUGUAAUGAUUUCUCGAUCAUAGCCGCGGACCAGAGUAACACACAAAGUAUCAUAGUUAUGAAAGAUGACGAAGACAAAUUGAUGCAAGUCUCGGAUAAAUUACUGAUGGGUGUAAACGGAGACCCUGGUGAUAUCACACAGUUCAGCCAGUACAUCAACAAGAACAUGAAGCUGUAUUCCAUAAAAAAUGGAUACCAGCUGGACACAAAGGCAGCGGUUCAUUUCACAAGAACAACUAUGACGGAUAUUUUGCGAAGAGAAAACCCAUUCAUAUUGAACCUUCUCAUCGCUGGAUAUGACGAAAAGGAAGGUGGGCAGUUAUAUACAAUGGACUUUCUGGCUUCUUGCGUAAGGCUUCCAUUCGCUGCUCAUGGAUUCGGUGGCCUCAUGAGUAUCAGCAUUCUUAGUCAGUAUUAUAAACCCAGUCUUAGCGAAGUGGAGGCAUUCGAAGUAAUUAAGCUUUGUGUUAGAGAAAUACACAAGCGACUAUUUAUGAAUUUGCCUAACUUUGGAGUGAAAACUGUGUCUAAAGAUGGCAUCAAAACUUUACCAACGAUAAGCCAAGCCUCCUUUGUUGGAAAAUGA